GUCAACCCAAAGAUGCGCGAGAUUAUGACAUUGAGACCCCUUCUCGCGACGCUGUUGCAAUGCUUCCGUAUCGCCGGCUUCACCAAACACGCCUCGCAGCAUUACUCGGAGGUCGUCGACGUCUUCCUCACAUACAAAAUGGACCCCAACCUGCCGAUCCACUCACGCUGCGUUUCUCAACAUGUGGAAAGCAUUUGGACUCGGUUCCUGAAAUCGCUCACGCAGGUCAAUGUGCACAAUCUUCCUCACCACCACCAAGAGCUCCUCGCGCACACACGCCAAGCGCUACCGCAGCACGGCGCAGAUCAAGAUGCUGUUCUGGCAAAGCAGACUCCUGGCUGCGCAUACGGCUGUCGCUAUAACAGAGCCCCGCGCUCCGUUCCGAACCGGGGAGGUGUGUGCUCGGUCGUUGCCGAGCCCGAGGCUCCCACAUAUAAUGUGCUCGAUGUGCUCAGGUCGGCGUUCUCAAAUCGCCUGUACGAUAGGAUCUGUGAAGCGGGGCGUGUGGAAUGUGGCGAUCUGGGAUCUGGAGGGGAUGGCUCGCGAGACGGUGGCUCUCAGGAUGAAGAUGAGGAUGAGGAUGAGGAUGACAAUAAGAACAAGGAUAAGAACAAGGAUAAGAACAAGGAUAAGAACAAGGACAAGAACAAGGAUAGGAACAAGGAUAGGAACAAGGAUAGGAACGAGGAUAGGAACAAGGAUAAGAACAAUGAGGUCUGCAUACCGUCGGCCCGUGCGUCCAGCGGUCUAUGGAGACUACUUUCCUACCGAACGUACUUCAGGUAGUAGGCGGGAAAACGAGGCACUGUGCCAAUUGCCGUUCGCCAACGAGCAUGUCAUGACCUAAGGAUGAUGUCCUGCCUCGACAUAGGUACCUGCAGAUAUUGAGGUUGCGAACGGAAGUGGAGAAGAAUUACCCAGGCGCUCCUGAAUACUAGAAUCUACA